AGUUACCGAUACACCGUUUGUCGAUGCGUUUGGUUGUCGUUGACUGAUUAUUGCUUACGUGUCUCCGCACCGUCCUUUUUUUCAAUAUGUCGUGUACUGAUCAAGUGAUUAAAAAUGCAAUUAAAUAAAAUUAUUCAAUUAAAAUAAAAAAAAAAAAUUUCAUGAUAGAAAAAUAAUUUUUUUUUUUUUGAAAUUGACAAAUUUGUCAGAAAUACACAGAAUGAUUGAAAUUUUUGAAUAUCGUUCUUAUCAUUUUUCUGACCUCGAUCGACCUUCUUCUUAUAGAGAUGAAUUUCUACAGAGACAAAUUUUCCCAUUUCCCUCAUGAAAAUUAUUGUUCAUGUUCAAUUAAAGAUCCAAGUUGACAUAAAUAGAGAAUUUAAAAACAACAAAAAUUGAAAUUAUUUUCUUAUAACCGAGGACAAGAAGUAUAUAACGGGUUUUUUUUUUUUUUUUUUUUUUUUAUUAAGUGAACCAAAAGAAGAGCAGAUGUACGCUACUGGAUUAUAUUUAAUGGGCGCAACAAGUGGUCGAAGAUUCAAACGAUUGGUUGCACAUGGAGAGCAAAGACACUGGUGGUAGAUAAUUUUUUUUUUUUUUCUUUCUCAACGAAAUGUGUCAUAGUUUGGCUUUCACCGCGCUGUCUUACAGAGAGAUGACAUCCAAGUUUCCUUGUCCCCCUUAAUCCGCAUAAAAUUUUUAUAAAAAAAAAAAUGUGUAAAUUUUCCUCUUGGGAGAAUUUUUUUCUUUUCACACAAAAAGUUUUUCAUUUGAAAAUCGCGUGAAAAAUUCUAGAGUCUAUCUUAUCAGGACUCAACUAUCUUUGGAGAUGAUUCAAAUCAUCAGAUAAGCGAGAUUAUAAACGUACAGAAACCGAAGAGUAGGGGAUAAAAAACCGGAGUAAGUGGACCACGAUAAGGUCAUAGAAGGGAAGCAAAAAAAAAAAAAAUCUCGAGGAUUGAAAAUCCUUUUCAAUUACUGCAAAAAAAAACAAAAAUAAGUAAUGUGUUUCACUGAGAAUUGACAAGAGAUCGAUUGACAAUGAUGAAAUUCAAGUCGCUGUUUCGCAGAGGACAUCAUAGCCAUCAGUCUCAGCAAAAACAGCCCCAUCGUCACCGUAACAACCACAAUCAACAACAAUUGCAACAGCAACAAGUGGCGCCGCCGACCCAAGCCUCGUCGAGCGGUUCGCCGCACGAGGAUAUGUGGCUGUCAUCAUCGUCAUCGAUGGUGGGCCGUGAAACAGUGCCAACAUCGGUCAGUGUCACCGGUACAAAUAAUACAUCACGUAAUCAACAUUCAAUGAUGAAAGGAGCGCCCUUGGCAAAGGGCUCCUAUGAAAGGAUGCAAGAAAUUGAACGUGAAAAUGGUUUACGUAAGGAACGUUCACAUUUUGAUGUCAAUAUACGAAAUCCCUCCACUUGUGAUCCAAAGAGACUUGAUGAGCAUCACGCGGAACUUGCGCUACUCAAGGAUCAACAUAAUUCGGAACUAGAGCGCUUAGCCAGAGAAAACGAAAUUCUUCGAGCUCGACUACGAGACGUUUCUCACUCUCCGUUAUCCGAUUCGGAGAAACAGCAGUUGUUGGAUGCGACUAGACCUCAUAAUUCUGCUCCUGCUUCGAUUGUCAUUCAUCAAGAAGCAGAGAAUUGUGUAUCUACAAAUGUACCACGAGAAAAGAAGGAAAACAGUGGUCCUGAAUGGGAUAAACGAUCAUCAGUAUCUGAAGUAUCCGUUACCUGUCUACAGGACAGGAUUCUACAAAUGGAAGAGACACAUUAUUCAACUAAUGAAGAAUUACAAGCAACUAUUCAAGAACUUAGUGAUUUGCAAGCACAAUUAUCUGAACUUCAAGCAGACAAUGAUAGAUUAAAUGAAGAGAAAGGUGUAUUACUUGAAUCACUUUGUAGACAAACAGAGAAACUCGAAGAUUCUCGUUCUAAAGUUGACACUUUACAAGGACUUCUUCUUCGUGAAGAGCAACCACAAAAAUCAUGGAAAGGAUAUAAUACAGAACGAGAACAAAAACUCGUUGAUCUUCUUAAGAGUGCUCAAGAAGAACGAGAAAGUCUUUUGGAAAAACAGGAGGAAUUGAAUUCCGAGUUAAAGAAUUUUAGAGCAACUGUCGAAACAAUUACUUCGGAAGCUGAUAGUUUAACGAAACGUGUUCAAUUUCUAGAAUCUGCUAUUGAGGCUGUAAACAUAGAAAAAAAAGUUUUAGAUCUUGAAUUAACAGAAUCGAAACAAGAGGGCGUGAACAAAGGAAUUGAGAUUAAUAGGCUAGCGACACUUUUGGAAAAUGCGAGAGCCAAAAUAGAGGAACUUGAACAAUCGAGACAAUUGGAAAAUAAAAGUGAGGCAGAUGAAUUAUUGGAUGCUGCACGAAAAGAAAAAGACACUUUAGAAACACAGGCCGCAGCACUUCAGGAACAAUUAGCACGAUCUUAUUGUGAUCAUGACCGAUUGAGAGAUCAAUUUUCACAACUUCAAGAGGAGUACAAGGUGGCGCGUAAUAAUUCAAAAUCUGUAGUCGAGGAUUUAGAAUACCGAUUGAAUCAAGUGAAAGACGAACGAUUGUCUGUAAAUGCAGAAUUACAAUUGGUACGAGAUUCACUUGCCGAACUUCAAGCACAAUGUCAACGACAUUUAGAAGAUAAACGUGAAUUGAAAGCGGCUUUAAGUGAAUUACAACGACGUGAACGAGAGGCGCAGAAUCGUCAGUUUGAAUUGGAACGUGCAUUGGCUGAAGAACGAAAAUUACGACAGGAGGAAAACACCGAAUGGGAACAAUUUCAAACUGAUUUGUUGAUGACAGUUCGAGUUGCAAAUGAUUUUAAAACUGAAGCGCAAACCGAAUUGGAACGAGUUGUCAUGGAAAAUAAAGCUCAACGGGAUAAAUUACGAGCAUUAGAAGCACAAUUGGAUAAACUUAAUGAUUCGGCGAAUCAAAAGAAUACUGUGACGCAAAAUUCGAGGUUUCCGACAACACCAACUGAAACGCAACAAUGCGUACUGACGAAUGUACAACAGGAAAUUGCAAGAAGUCGAAAGGCGAAUAUAUCACGACAAGAUUCGAGACUUUCAGUGAAAUGUUUGAUAGAAAGUAUAGAAAAUGCAACCAAACAAGCGAAAGCUGGACCAGGAAGUAGGAGUAGCUCUACCUCAUCUCUUAAUUCUAUAGGAACAAAUGAUGUGAUAUCUUUGAAGGCUCCACUUCGUGAUCAACAACAAAUGUCCAAUCUUAUUUGUCCAACGAAUUCUACUAAUAAUAAUAAUAAAAAUCAAUCUCCAAAUGGAAAAAAGUCAUAUCCAGAAUCAAAGCCACCGGGACCAGUGGUUUUAAGUCCAAGUCAGUUGCUCGAUACGGCAGCUAUCAAUGCCAAAACAAUAGAUUUUGUUAGAAGAAAUAGUGUUACCGAUUUGUCAGAUCGUAAGGAUCCGCUUUGUGGCCUUGUAAAAAACGGUGGCUCAAGAAGAAAUGCACUGCUCAAAUGGUGUCAGAACAAAACAAUAGGAUAUCGUAAUAUCGAUAUAACAAAUUUCAGUAGCUCUUGGAAUGAUGGACUCGCUCUCUGUGCAAUUUUGCAUACAUAUUUACCCGAUAAAGUUCCUUAUGAUUCUUUAACUCCCACUGAAAAGAAACGAAAUUUCUCAAUUGCAUUCGCUGCCGCUGAAUGUGUUGGGAUACCAACGACUUUGAAUAUAGGGGAUAUGUGCCAAUUGGAACGUCCCGACUGGCAGCAGGUUAUGACCUAUGUGACCAGUAUUUAUAAGUAUUUUGAGACGUGACUUUCCAAAAAAAGAAAGAAGAAAACGAAAAGAAAAUUAGGGCAUUGCCCUUCGAUGCUUCCAGAGAGGAAGAUACGUAAAGUCAUCUAGUCAACUACACACCGCGCGAACAACUUAACGGAAGUUGAAUCUUGAUCAUUUUUUUUUAUAUAUUUAAUAAGUCGCAGACAAAAAUUCUUAUAGAGUACAAAGUCUGAAAGUUCUUAAAACAAAAAAGGAAAGACGAUCGAAUCUACAUCCUGAAUCUCAUCAAAGACUUUCUCAGGACUUGAUUCAUGAGAUUUCUAAAUAUAUAUAUAUAAUAUACGAAACAAAUUCGAUGUUGUGAAUUUUCAUAAGCUUCUUUCGCGUGCUUUUAAAAAAAAUAAAUAAA